GGCGCAGGUUGCUACAGAUAAGCUGUAGACGUUUUUAAUUAAGUUGUAUUAAUUAAAAUACAAUAAGCAAGAACAUUAAUACAAUAUCGAAUAGAAUUGGAAAAUAAUAUAUUGUGUGUACAUAUUUUUAACGAUACACGUUUUGCCUAUUCAUGUAUAAUAUACAUAUUACAAAACCACAAAAUAGUUUGUCUCGGUGUUGAUUAAGAACCCCCCUGACAGGUAUUUCAUAAUGUGCAGAUAAAUCAUAUUAGUGCUAACACGAAAAGGAUUCUCGAGUAGCUAAUUGUUGAAUAUAAUUGUAAUUUUAUCGUAUACAAAUUCAAUAACAAUGGGAAAACAAAAUAGCAAACUGAAACCAGAGGUGCUCGAAGAUUUGAAGCAGAACACAGAAUUCUCAGAUGCUGAGAUUCAGGAGUGGUACAAAGGAUUUUUGAAGGAUUGUCCAAGUGGUCACCUGUCGGUAGAGGAAUUUAAAAAGAUAUACGGCAACUUCUUUCCCUAUGGUGACGCUAGUAAGUUUGCCGAACACGUGUUCCGAACAUUCGACGCAAACGGGGACGGAACCAUUGACUUCCGAGAGUUUCUGUGCGCCCUCAGCGUGACGUCACGCGGCAAACUUGAACAGAAGCUCAAGUGGGCGUUCUCCAUGUACGACCUCGACGGCAACGGGUUCAUAUCACGGCAGGAGAUGCUUGAAAUAGUCACGGCCAUCUAUAAAAUGGUUGGGUCGGUAAUGAAAAUGCCCGAGGAUGAAUCCACACCCGAGAAACGAACGGACAAGAUAUUUCGGCAGAUGGACAGGAAUAAAGACGGGAAGCUGUCCCUGGAGGAGUUCAUAGAGGGCGCCAAGAGUGAUCCUUCGAUCGUCCGCCUCCUGCAGUGCGAUCCGCAAUCGCAGUGAUUCCUCAAUUGACCUACCUAAGACACACGCUAAGCAAUUAUACUGUACAUUAUCACUAUUCUGCUUCUAAGAGCUAGUGCGGUUAUGCAUUGUUGCACGUAAUGUAUUUCUCUUGUUGCUUGGUAACUUCUUCCCGUUUUUUGUUCGAGGUCUUCGUCAGGUUUAUCCAAAUGUAACGCUACGUUAUGAUGCGAUUCAGACAGGACGCUAUGGCUUUAAGACUUAGUUAUAUCGAGUGACAAUCGUUUGAACACCACUAUGAGUUAAGUUAGUAACUAGAUUAGGGAUUCUUGGGCACCGGAAGGGUUACGAGAAUGCGGCCUAUUGGGCUUUGGGAUCAAGUAAAAUUAUUAAUGUCAUGGAGUGAUCGGUGUACCAUGCCAUUGUGUUAUCUCUGAAUCGCGACUUGUACAAUAUAGAUGUAAUACAAUUUAAUCAACUACCACUAUGGUGUGCAACAUUAAGGCACAUACAUAUUACAAAUAUGACUUUGUAUAAUUAAUGUGUUUUCUCUGAACUUUCAUCUUAGAUAGGAUAGUUAUUUUUUCCAGAUGAGCGGUCUAAGGGAGUCUUCCCCAUUUUUUAAAUUGCUUGUUCUCAUGUGUGAUUGAUAAUGUCACGUGUUCAUUAUAUGUUUACAAAAGUUACCUAUCGUAGCAUAGUUAAAAGACAUUGAACAAUAGUAUGUACUCGUGUAUGUACUACUUCCUCGUUAUACAUUUGGCUUAAAAAUAUUAGGCUUACAGAUUAUAACAUAUUUUAGUUGUUAAUAUCUAACCAAGAUAAUUUAUCAUCGCUAGACGAAUAAAUUUAUCAAGAACUUUUCUUAAAUAUAAACACCAUUUGGUGAAUACUUGAUUUUCGUCUAAAUACAAGUUCAAGAAACGUCGCAAGAGACUCUCAAUUUUGUUUAUUCUCUUAUAAUAUAUACAAAUAAUUAUAGAGCUGUAAUUUAAUGUAAUUGUUAAGUUAAGCCCUUGUUUCAAUAGUCCUAAAAUGCUUAUAAACAUUGCUUUAUUAGAAAUAUAUAUUAUUUUUGUAGUUUAAUGCGGAAUUAUAAAAAACAAUGAAGAUCUGAUCGUCAAAUUGUAAAUCUAAUAUCGAAUAACAGCUGGGUAUAAAUACCUAAAAAUGAAUUUCAUUUAGAUCUGUUUAUUAUCUUUAGUUUUGCAAUCGGUGCUGUCGGGAUACCCGUAGGAUAGUAAUGGCUUAGAUUAUUUAUACGUUUAGAUAGACAGUGACAGCUGUGAAAAUGUCGAAAUGAAUUAAGUGUGAAACUAACCUCUAUUUUGAGCACUGCGCACACACUUACACAAAGUGUCAUAAAAGGUAAAAAAAGGCAUAAAAGGCAUUUAUUUUCUCAAAAUUGAUUUCUUUAGAAUUCUUUUUGAUGUCAUUCCUAAUAACUACUAGAUAAUACUACCGCUUCGGAAACAAAUGGCGCUCUGAGAGAGAAGAAGCAGCGCAAGAAACUCUCAUAUAAAUCGUGAGUGUAAUACGUAGCUCGUCACACACACUAAACUAAUAUUCCUGGCCUGUUUUUAUCGUCUAACAGCAAGAGACUCUAUCUAGGCGUAUAAAUUAUCUUAGAACAAUGGUGUCUAUAUGCAUUUGUAGAGUAAUAAAAUCAAAUAACAGGAAAUAUUACUAUCCUUUUUCAAUUGAAUUUGUUCCAUGCCCACUUUGAAACGUGCAACUUAUUGAAGUGGUUUUAUUUAAAUUUAAGUAAUAAUGUAGGCACAAUAUCUUAUAUUUUAUAAUGUUGCGUCUGAAUUUUCAUUAUUUAUAAUUUUACGCUUACUUAUGUGGUCAAUAAAUUUAUUUUAAAUAAUAAUUGAAUUGAAUAAGAAGGCUGUUAUUUAGUAAAUGAAUAACUUUGCUUAAUUCGAAGUCGAUGUCUAAGAAAAUUGAUAUUGGUAGUGCUUGUUGAUUUUAAUUUGUAAAUUUAUAGUUUAAUUAUAAUAUGUAAUCAUAGCUUAUAGUAACAUGGUGAGUCAAUUUGAGUAUUAUUUGAUUUAUUGUGAUUGUUUUUUUGUUUUUAGUUUUUUCUUAGAUUAAUAUAAGUUAAAAUAUACAAAACGAAACUCUCACAAUUAGAAUCUUUUACAGUACAAAAAAUGACAUUUUAUAAUAUAUAACGCUGUAUUGAUUUUUUUUUUAUAAUGUUAAGUAUAAAGUUUUGGUAAAUGAGUGACAUGGAAUAUAUUGGCUAUUAGUAUACAACAUUUUAUUUCAAACUGAAGACGUAAAUUGAUAUGAAGUAAUAUAUCUAUUCUUAGUAUCAAAGUAGUGAUUGCAUGGCUGUGUACACAGUAUCCAGAUUGAUUAACAUCAAUGAUUUUAAUAUAACUAAUUAACAUGCAUUAGCAAAAUACAAGCCUUAUUCAAUUAUUAUAAAAUGCUAUUAUUUUAUUUAAAUACAAAAGUAUAAAUCAGUUUAGUGAAACAGAAUAUUAUUCGUUUUUAUACUCGCUUCAUCAAUUAUCAAUUAUAUGCAAUGAGUUUGCUUUUUAAGGUUAUUUUUUUAUUAUAACUACUUCGUUUCAUCACAACUCAAGCUUUAACAAAUUAACAGCUACACAUGAUAUAUCUAAGUUUUCUUGUUUAAAUUUUUUUUUUUCGGUUUAUAUCAAUUUUCACAGCACAAUAUAAUAUUUCUAGCACAAUCAUAUUAUGUUGUGAAUAUAGUUACAUUAUAUUUAAAUAAUCGAUUUUAUAUUUUUUUUUUUUUUAAUUUUGUUUUCCUGCUUUUUUAUUGGUUACAAAUCCGCAUAAAGUAUGAUGAUAACCGUGACAUAUAUUGUAUAUUAUAUAUUAUACCUAUAAUAUAUAAUAUACAAUGCGGAUAUUUUUAAGAAAUAUGAAUUGACAUUUUUAUUUUAAACUUUAUCUCUGUAUUCCUGACAUUUUCGUUUAUAAAUUUUAAUAUGACAUAAAUAUUAUAGUUAACAUAACAAUAAAUAUAUACAAUCGGUAAUUAUUCUGUAUUCAUAUAAUAGACAUAGUUUAUCAAGCUUUCGUUUAUUGUGAAAUAUUUACAUUGUGAAUGUUAUUGUUGUUAUUUUAUAUAUAAUUAUAAUCAUGUAGAAAGUUGACACUGCCCAGACUAAGUCAAUUGCCAUGAAAUAAGGUGCCUCAAAACUAGUGCUGGAACUAGCGCGAUGCCAGCAUUUCUUAAAUAGAUAGCCAUAUCAGUCACUAGCUGACCCAGCAAAUGUUGUUUUGCCAUAUAAAGUAUAAUUCACGCGAUAGUUUUAUAAGUAAUAAAAUAUUGCCUAUGUUAUAGCCUGUACAUCAUUUUGUUCUGUUGUCAAUAGUUUUUGCAGCGCACGCAAAAAUAGGUUUUCGAUUUUACACCUUGUGUUACAAAAUAGAAAUUUUAUUACGGAUCCCUAAUUUUGAAAAAAAAAACAUAGCCUAUAGCCUUCCUCGAUAAAUGGACUACCCAACACUGAAAUAAUCAUUCAAAUCGGACCAGUAGUACCAGAGAUUAGCGCGUUCAAACAAACAAACACUGCAGCUUUAUAAUAUUAGUAUAGAUUUAGUAGCAGUAUAACUAUGAGUGGUAACGCAUUUGAAUCGCCUUAUAGUGUAGCGUACGGUGAUACGUAUUCAUUUAUUGCCUGUCACUCUGAUAAGACACCUAGCUCGAUUGGAUUUUUCAUUCCUAAAGCCCCCGUUUCGUUAACGACUUUCCCUUUACGUUACAUUAAUAAAACAUUAUGUGUUAAAUUUAACUGAUACCAUUCGUUUUGGCUUGAGUACCAAACAUACAAACUUUCGCAUUUAUAAUAUAAGCAUAGAUAGAUAUAUAGAUAUGUUAUAUAGAGUGGCCAAGGUGCAUGUAAUUACAUUGCCAGCCACGCCCAUAUACUGUAACCGUAACACAAAAGCCCAAUCAUACUGCUGUAUCGUGGUAGAUAUAUUUAGUUCUACUGUUGCAAAAUACAACGAAUAUAAAUCCUGCUAUCACCAUUUUACCUUUAUAUUAUUCUUUAAAGUUAAAUUGACGACGAAAUUGUAAAUUGAACGAGGCGACGGAGCAUGCAAUAGCGUACGCGUGUGUGUGACUGUUGGUUCCUCUAAAAAUCUAUCACCUGGCUACGUUAUUUUUUAACCUGACGUCGAUGAAGUCGGUUUGUUACGGUGUGCAAAACAAGCAUCACUUAUAUUAUUAAUAAAUAAACAACGAUUUAUUAUUUUAAUAUUAUAAUUGGAUGUAAUGGUGUUGUGUUGUAAUUCUGAUUGUCACUAUUAUAAUGAUGAAAAAUCAAUUUAUGGAUCUGGGUUAGGUAGUAGAAAACGUAUUUAUUUUUCUAACAAAAUUAUUAUAGCGAUACAGAAUAACAGAAACUGCUGCACUGUUAACAACUAAAGUUAAAACGUAACAAUGAAUACUACUAACACAAAGCAGUAAAAAUAUCACGACAUGACGUAAUGAUAAUGAAACUACACACUGUACUAACGUUACAGGACGAGCGCGGUGGGGUGGAAGUUUGACGGGAGGGGGUUCACGUUCCAGCGAUAAUGUGGACGUGUAGUAGUAAUAUUAUUGUGAGAGACAUUAUUCAAGGCCGGAGAUAUAAAGGCUCGCAUCGCCUAGUUGUCGCACUAGCGCUGAUAAACACGAACGGGCAAAAUAAUUUGUGGCACAUAUUAAAACACCGAAGUCAAAUUGUAUGAUAAUAACGAUUGUGGUUCGUCAGUUAUUCAGUAGGUAGUCUAUUCUUAAGUGUAGUAUAGAGAAUACGGAUCGCAUUGAAAUGUGUCUUCUCUUCUGAGAGGUUGUGAACGAUUGUCUUAAUACACGUAAGUAUCCAUGUAGCAAUUUGAUUGUGUUAAAAACAUACUUACGGUACGCAGACGUGGUCGCUAACUAUGGGCCUUAUGAGAAAGGUCAUGGUCGCUCUGAGGGUCGGAGUUUCCCUGCGAGAACGAAUCAGAAAUGAGGAGAUCCGUAGGAGAACCAAAGUUUCCGACAUAGUCCAAAUGCAUGCGAAACUGAAAUAGUAGUGGGCAUGGCUCAUAGUUCGACGAACAGAUGGCCGUUGGGGCAGUAAAGUCCUCGAAGGGCGACCACGUACCGGAAGACGCACUGUUGCUAGGCCCGACAAGAUGGACCGAGGAUCUCGUCAAGAUCGCCAGAAUACGUUAGAUAAAGGCAACGUAGGCCCGAUUGUUGUGAAUAUCUUUGGGGGAGGCCUUUGUCCAGCAGUGGACGUCUUCCGGCUGAUAAUGUAAUUUAUUUAUCAACAAGGGUGAAAUUGAACUUGUUUUGACCGACCACACAUAUAAUUUCAUUCAAAUGAGUUAUUACCAAAAUAUAAAAACAUUAUCAAUUUGACUGAUUUUAAAUGUGUGUGUGCCCAUCAAUGAUGUUCUAAACACAUAUGAGGACAUAUCAUUCGCAGUCUGAUAGCGGAACGGCAAAAGUGAGCUUAAAGACAUUGUAAGUACACUUCUCUCGUCAGUCGUGUGACAACUGUCGCUGUCCAAAUUGGGUUCUAGAUUGAAUGUUUUACAUUGCUGCCUAUUGAUGAAUAAUAUUUUAAGCAAAUGGAGUAAAUGCGUCAAUGUAGCAAUGUAUUACGGUGUAAUGUGUGGCAAGUUCUAUAUUUCGGCUGUGUUUCUUAAUCACGUGAUUUGUUUAUAUGUAUAGAACGUCAUUGGUGCCCCUGUCUAGUUUUAGAUAUAGAAUGAUUUUUAAGUGUUCUGUAUCUUGCGGGCCCGAAAGUAAAUUGUGAUUUGGUUGGGAAGCACGGGUCGUAGGACGAUCUCCUUGUGUUGAAUGUUGGACGCGAUUGUAUUGCAGAGAUUACACGCCAUAAUAAUUACCCUACCAGGAAACUUCAAACUCGAAACGCGUCCACGGUUUCAUUUUAAUCAGUCCCUUGCUUCAUUAAUCAUAAAAUCAACUUUACGUAGUUACCAAAAUUGAUUACAUUUGCUUACUUUAAUAAUUUAUUUUACUUUACUAAUAUUUUCACAACAAUGAUCAUAAUUAGUAUGUAUCAUUGUUGAGAUUGCAGGAAAAACUGUCGCUUACUGUAAAAACUUACUGUACUUUAAAGUAGGCAUAUAUUAGGGCGUGUAUUCAUUGUAAUGAGGGCUUUUACAGUAGAAUGAGAUCCGGUUUAUCCUUAGUAGGAACAUGGAACAUUAGUAGGAACAGGAAUAUUUGUAUAUUUUAAAUGGUUUCUUUGGUGAUUUCUGCAAUAAAUUAUAUCAAAUCAUUGCUAUUAUAAUGUAAAAGAGGUCAAUAUUUUUAAUAGAUAAUUUUAAUCGCGUAUCGUAUGUUUAGAUGUUUGUGCGAAGUUUAUAAUUAGUCGUUUAAUAUCAAUGUAUUGUGUAACUCUUCCAAAUCGUUUCUUAUUGUAUUUAUCAAGUAAGAUGGGUUCGCAUGUUUCUUAGGCGAACUCUAUACUUUAUAGCUCUCCUAGAGUGUCUGAAAAGAUCAAUUAAGUCAUCAAAUUCUUCCUAUCGAGUGAUUGCAUAAGUUUGUUAAGUGCAGCGAAGCUACUAAACGUGCUGAGAGUGAAAAAAUAAACAACGAAGUUUGGCAGCACUGGCCUAUGGCUUUGUUGGCACUAAGUGGCAACGUCGCACCACCCUCGCAUCUUUUGUGCGCCUAGAAAAAAUCAUGCUUUAUCAUUCCACACAUUUGGAAUAACCUUGAAAACUUUCUCCAACGUAAUCGUGACAAAUUGGUAAGAGGCAAUAUUAUUAUGGCAAUAAUUGAGAAUAUUCAAAGUCCAAUUUAGAAGUAAAUUAUAAUAAUAAUCCUAAAGCGUACCUGUAUCUAUAAUAAUAUAAGACAACGUUCGAAUUCAUCGAAGAUAUAUUAUAUAUAUUGUUGUCUUUCAGUUAAUAUAGGCAGUGGACAUUUCAGGGAAGUAACAUAUUGGUUUUAAAUUCUUUGUAAACCAGUUUUGCACAUGCUGCCGAAUAUUGAUUAUGAAACCACAUCACAGAUGUAAAAAUAUUCAUGUGCAUUUCUAAAUUUAUUCUUUCAUCUACUUAUAUGGCUUCAUUACGUAAUAACAACGAAUGUGCUAUAUCAAAAUGUUUAUCUUUUAAAAUAAGUAAUUAUUCUAAAAACUCGUAAUUGUCGGCGCCUACUUUUAAUUUCGCUUCCAACACAAUUCUUUAUAUUCUUACCUGAAAAAUUUAAACUUAAUAUUGUAAUUUAAUUAUGGUAAAGUUUGAAACUAGACUAUCUCUUUUCAACUUUUCGCUCACAAUAUUGCUUCGAACAAUUUUCUCUAUCUAAUUGUUAAUAUACAAUUGAAUUAAUUAUUAUCUGAUGGGUGUAUAUCUUAAUGUUGUAUUUUGUAAAUCGUCACCAAAUGUGAUUUUGGAAUGGAUUUAGGCGAAUGUCUAUCCUGGCCACUACUGAUUAUUUUUUUCUAAAUUAUUGUGUCACGGAAAGUCACAGCUGUUCAUUUUGCCUUUUAGAAUUAGGCAAAUUGUACAACUGUGGGUCGAUAUAAUGAAAAAAUAUCUGAUUGCAGACUUAAAACGUAUUGUUACUACUCUUUGUACUUUGAUUUAUAAACUAGGGGUGCUAUUCAAUAGGCAUGAUGUCUCGUUUGGAAAGACUGUUUUAAAAUGUUCGGAAGUAUCAACUAUUUCUGUUAACAGAGUUAUAUUUCUAUUUCAUGGCGUUUGCACGAACCUAACGUGAUCCAACUCCACGUUAUUAGUACAUACAUAGAUGUGACGUAAUUCGUUAUAUUGAUUUUUCAUACUGACUGUUUUUAUAAAUACAAUUUUAUAUUGAUAAGAAUAUAAAGAAUCUCACAUUUGAUCUGAUAAUAAGUACAUUAGUUAUUUUUAACCUGAAUAGUAAAAUGGAAAAACAAAAUGAGUGAUUCUUAGUUUAUGUCAUCGUGCCUAUUUGAAUAUAUUAUAAUAUAAAUAUCAAUGCUAGUUGUCUGAUAUCAAAAGUUUAUUUUGAGUUGGUUAUUUUAUGAUUUAUUUAUUGGCAUUUAAAACAUUUCGGUUCCGAAAACUGUAUAAUGUCGCGAUAAAUCGUGCAUUUGAUAGAGAUUACGACAUGAACAUAAAUUUUUAAAAAUCUAAAUUCAACUCAAAUUAUCGCAUAUUUAUUUAUCACCCAGUGAUAAUGCCGAGUAAUAUUAACAUGGUAUUAUUAAUUUAUUUUAAACAACACGACGCAUGCCCUUUUGGUAAGGAUUCCAUAACCUUUAUAUAACAAUGUUGGGGGUAGCUUUAAAGGACCAAUAUUGCGCCUUAACAAAUUACGGCACAUGUAUACGAUUAUUUUUAUAUGGUACGAGAAUGUUCGACGGCGUCAACAGUAAUAGUAUUUUCAACACAAUUUAAAAUGCAACAUAAGUUGUUUCUAUAUUAUUAUACCGUCGCAAAAUAAUCGAAAUUGGGCAUCGCUUCAAAUUCAGUGUAAUUAUUGGUUAGUUUUUUUACAACUGCCUGCGUGUUACUAAAAUUUCAUUUUAUGAACAUCGACGACUGUAUUUUGAUUCGAUUUACGUUGCUGGGCCGACUAUUGUGAAUUAAAUAAUAUGAAAUUAAUUGGUUCGUAAUGUAACAACUCCACGUUCGUCAUACUUAAUAGCACCCUGUUUUUUAAAUUAAUUGUACUUUAUGAUAUAUUUUUGUGUAAUAUAAUGUUUCUUAAUGAAUUAUCUGAGCAAUACAUGCAUUAAUAUCAGAAAUUUUACUGUUCAUUGUAGUCAAUUUGUGAUUCCUAUAUAACUACUUACUGUUUAUUAGUUAUUCACCUGGUUCUGAUAAUGUUUUAGAUUAAAACUAUACAUAUAUCUAUAUUUAUUAAAUCUUUCUUCUCUCAA